AUGUCUCAAGUCGCCCUCGUCACUGGUGCUUCUCGCGGUAUUGGCAAAGCCAUCGCCCUUCGUUUCGCUGAAGAUGGAUUCGACGUCGCCGUUAGCGACCUCUCUAUCAACAAGGAGGCUCUUGAGGCUGUUUCGAGCGAGAUUGUGGCGAAAGGACGUGCCAGCAAAGCAUUCUACGCGGACAUCAGCGUCGAAGAACAAGUCAUCGCCUUGAUUGACGACGUUGUCGCCCAACUGGGACAAAUCAACGUUCUCGUGGCAAACGCAGGCAUUGCGGUGUACAAGCCUCUCAUUGACCACACCGCCGACGAUUGGAUUCGAACCUUCAACGUGAACACCCACGGGACCUUCUUCUCCUUCAAAUACGCCGCGAAGGCUAUGAUCGCACAAGGAAAAGGCGGACGUCUCAUCGCAACCUCCUCAGACUCAGGCAGGCACGGCUGGCCCGGACUCGGAGCGUAUAGCGCCUCCAAAGCGGCGAUGCGGGGCAUGAUGCACGUCUUCGCGAGUGAACUCGGGCCGCACAACAUCACAGCGAACGUUUUCUGUCCUGGUGCCGUCAAGACAGACAUGGGUGCUGCCAUUGCCAUCGCGGGGGGCAUGACGCCCGAAAUCAUGACAGAGCAGAUGGCAAAGAUGGCCCCGCUCGGUCGUAUCGCCGAGACGAGCGACAUCGUCGGCGUCGUCUCUUUCCUCGCGUCGAAGGACGCUGCGUUCAUUACGGGUCAAAGUUACUCCGUCAAUGGUGGGCUUAUGCUCGAGUAG